AUGCCGUCACCGAAUGGCAAAAAUUCCUUCUUCACACUAGAAGACGCAAAGGCGUCCUUCAACCUCUUCUGCUGUGUGUGCGGUGUCGGUUCAUUGGCCAUGCCUUCCAACUAUGCUCGUGCCGGUCCGUUCUACGCAUCCAUCGCUCUGGCAUUCAUGAUCUUUGCUAACACGUAUGCCACACUCAAGCUGUCCAAGGUAAUGCUGGUGGCGCCGUCGUCCGUGCGAACCUAUGGUGACCUGGGUGAAUGGGCUUUGGGCAAAUGGGGCCGCUUCAUCACAGUAGCCUCUCAGAUGGGCGUGUGUGUCCUGGUGCCGAUUGCCUUCCUUGUGCUGGGCAGCACGAUGUUGGAUGUGCUGUUCCCAAAUUCAUUCAGCCAAGUAUUCUGGAUCAUAUUCAUGGCGAUCAUGGUCGCCCCCAUGUGCUUGAUCCCAACGCUGAAGGAGGGCGCCGGUAUGGCUUUCGCUGGUUGCAUGGGUACGAUCAUUGCCGACAUAAUCACCGUGGUUGUACUGCAGUGGAACAUGCGCGGCCAUGACUCGAUACCUACGCCGGAUUUGACAUUACACCAGGUGCUGACGUGUUUUGGUAAUUUGGCUCUAGCUUAUGGUGCUGCCAUUGUGGUGCCCGACCUGCAGCGCGAGCACUCCCAGCCGCAGCGCAUGCCGCGUGUGGUGGUGAUAACAAUUCUGUUCAUCUCGUUUUUUUUCGUUUUCAUCGCUCUGGCUGGCUAUACGGCUGCUGGCUGCCAGUUGUCUGGUAACAUCUUGUACUCAAUUGUGAACACGUCGGAUCCGCUUGGCCUCGCCCCACUUGGCUUCAGUGCGGACCGUGGCGCUGUGGUAAUGGCGUAUCUGUUUAUGCAGAUUCACAUCUCGAUCGCUUUCUCGACGCUAAUGAUGCCUCCGUUUUUCAUGGCAGAGCGUCUGGUUCUCGGUAUGCACAGGAGCCCCGAGAUCGUUGCUUUCAACGGCGAGCUCGACCAGGAAAACGUGGAUCUCGACAUGGAAAUCUUAAAGAAGCAGUCAUACAUGCAAAGUUCGACGCCAAUGGAGGCGGCCAAACGUCAGGUGUCUGCUGCAAGUAUAGUGGAGAAGGAGGAGGGACGUAUGUCGCACCUGCGCGUUGCCCUCGAGUUUGGUGAGGAGAUCUCGGAGGCGAAGCUUAGUGCACCGUACCGUAACAAUCCGCUGCGUUAUAUUGCACUGCGUCUGGUGAUCGUUGCAAUCCUGGUAGUCGUUGCCGUGCUGGCUCGAAAGCGUUUUAUCGACCUGCAGGACUUCACGGGCGCCACAGCUCACACGACAAGUUGCCUGCUGAUCCCAGUAAUUAUUUACAUGCGUGUGUCCUGGAAGACGAUGCCGAUUUUGGACAAGUGCGCAUCAAUACUCGUGAUUCUGGUGUGCGCCUGCGCCGGUUUCUACGUGAUGAUACACGCCGGUAAGCACCUAUUUGCACCAUCGGAUGAUGAAACGCUAUUCCCCUACUGCGAAAUCGAAUUUCAAGAUGCGCCAUACUACGUCCACAAUAACAGCACUAACUAA